AUUUAUUUAUAAAAGCUUCUUUAAUUUUAACAUCUGUUUCUAUCCAAUCAGAAUUUAGAUUUCUCGAAUCUCUAUGACCUUUAAUACCCUGGUAACCAGUUAAACGAAACAGUACAAAUAUCAAAGUUAAUCAAUUAUUUGUUUAUUUAUUUAAUCUGUUUCAAUUUUGAAUUAAAUUAACAUUUUUCAAUUAAAAAAGAACAAAUAAACAUUAAUUAUGACAAAUGUAUCAUUAAGACUUUAUAUUGAAACUGAUGAUACUGAGUAUCCAGGAUUGAAGAGAUUAAAAUUACAAGGAAAAGAUUUAGAAAAUGUACCAGCUGAAUUGUUCAUGUUAAGAGAAUUACAAGUAUUAGAUAUGAGUCCAGAAAGACAACCAUCAUUAACUUAUAAAUUGUUAGAACUUCCGUCAGAUAUUGGUUAUUUAAUUAAUCUUAGAAUAUUAAUAUUGGAUACAAAUGAAUUGCAUAGUCUACCGUCUGAAAUUGGUUCAUUAACACAAUUAGAAAAAUUAUCUGCAUCAAAUAAUCAACUGAAAAGUCUACCUACAUCAAUGGAGAGAUUAAAGCAAAUGAAAAGUCUACAUUUGGCGAAUAAUUUAUUCGCUGAAUUUCCUAAACCAAUAUUGAAAUUAACGAAGUUGGAGUUCUUAGAUUUAAGUAGUAAUCAUUUGGAAACUUUACCAUCAUCUAUAACUGAAUUAAUCAAUUUAGAAAGUUUAUUAUUAUUCGACAAUCGUUUGACCAGUUUACCAGAGGAUAUUGGUGAAUUACGAAAUAUAAGAUGUUUAUGGUUGGGUGAUAACAGACUGGAAAGUUUGCCACAAUCAAUUGUUGAACUACGUGGAUUGAUAUGGUCACCAUUAUUAUCGCCAAGUACAACAGUUGGUGGAAACCCUUUAAAAGAUCCACCGAUUAAAGUAUGCAAUGCAGGACUAGAAGAACUGGAUAGAUAUUUCGGUGUGGAAAUAAUUAAAUGAAUCUACGCGUGCAAACAAAAAGAAUUCUGUAACAAUUAUACACCAUAAAUGACUAGUACUUAUCUAGACAAAAUUCAUUUCUCAGUUGAACAUGAU